AGGUCAUGAGUUUGUCCCCAGCUCCCCUGUCAUUACUGAUUAAAGCAGCUCCAAUCUUAACAGAGGAAAUGUAUGGCGACAUCCAACCAGCGGCUUGGGAGCUGCUUCUGAGUGUGGAUGAACACAUGGCUGGAGCAGCAGCUGCCAUGUUCUUGCUUUGUGCUGUCAAGGUACCAGAUGCUGUCUCUGAGAUGUUAACAUCAGAAUUCCAGCACCCAGAAACAGGGCAGAGGCUGAAUGCUUAUUCUAAAGUUCCACACACUCUGGAGGUUCAGAUAUCAAGUCUGGCCAAGAAUGGAAGAGGGAGCCCAACAGAUCUAUAAGAUCCCUCCUCCCAGCAUAAACUUUACUUUACCCUCUCCCAUCUUGGGUAUGCCAUCAGUACCAAUGUUUGAUCCACCCUGGGUUCCACAGAAUAGUGGAAGCGUACAGGACCCAAUUAGUGAGGACCAGUCUAGGGCUGAACAUAUUCUCAAGAACCUACAGCAGGAAGAAGAAAAGAAGAGGUUGGGGAGGGAGGCCAGUCUGAUCACUGCAAUACCGGUCACACAGGAGGCUUGCUAUGAACCAACCUGUUCUCCUAGCGCAGAACAGGAGGAGGAAGUAGAAGAAACCGCCAACCUGAAUUCCCGUCGCCUAUCAGUGAGUCCAUCCUGCACCUCAAGCACGUCUCACCGUAACUACUCUUUUCGCCGUGGCUCUGUGUGGUCAAUACGCUCUGCAGUCAGUGCUGAAGAUGAAGAACAUGCUACAGAGCAUACUGCAAAUCAUCAUGUGUCCCAGCCACCACAGCCUGUGUUCCCAGCAUGCAUCUGUGCUGCUGUCCUGCCGAUUGUUCACCUCAUGGAGGAUGGAGAUGUUCGUGAAGAUGGUGUGGCAGUGAGUGCAGUAGCCCAACAAGUGCUCUGGAACUGUUUGAUUGAGGACCCAUCCACUGUCCUAAGACAUUUCCUAGAGAAACUCACCAUCAGCAACCGACAGGAUGAGCUCAUCUACAUGUUGAGGAAGUUGCUUCUGAACAUUGGAGACUUUCCUGCACAAACAUCACACAUAUUGUUCAACUACUUGGUGGGCCUUAUUAUGUACUUUGUUCGCACACCAUGUGAGUGGGGAAUGGAUGCCAUUUCAGCAACCCUUACCUUCUUGUGGGAAGUGGUAGGAUAUGUGGAAGGUCUUUUCUUUAAGGACUUGAAGCAAACGAUGAAGAAAGAGCAAUGUGAGGUGAAGUUGCUAGUAACAGCCUCCAUGCCAGGAACAAAGACACUAGUGGUUCAUGGCCAGAAUGAGUGUGAUAUCCCAACCCAGCUGCCAGUUCAUGAGGAUACACAGUUUGAAGCUCUGUUAAAGGAAUGUCUAGAGUUUUUCAACAUAGCAGAUUCACAGGCUGCAAAUUACUUUCUCAUGGAUAAACGAUGGAACCUGACUCAUUAUAAUAAGACAUACGUACGUGACAUUUAUCCAUUUCGGAGGUCAGUGUCUCCACAGCUGAACCUGGUACAUAUGCCCCCUGAGAAAGGACAAGAACUUAUUCAGAAGCAGGUGUUUACUAGAAAACUGGAGGAAGUUGGAAGAGUUCUUUUCCUAAUAUCCCUAACCCAAAAGAUCCCUCCUGCUCAUAAGCAGUCUCAUGUAUCCAUGCUUCAAGAAGAUCUUUUACGUCUACCUUCAUUUCCAAGAAGUGCCGUUGAUGCAGAGUUCUCACUGUUUAGUGAUCCACAAGGUGGAAAAGAACUGUUUGGCUUGGAUACAUUACAUAAAAGCCUGUGGAUAAAGCUGCUGGAGGAGAUGUUCUUGGGCAUGCCCAGUGAAUUUCCUUGGGGAGAUGAGAUAAUGCUUUUCCUUAAUGUCUUUAAUGGUGCUUUGAUUCUUCACCCAGAGGACAGUGCCCUUCUCAGGCAAUAUGCAGCUACGUGUAUCAACACAGCUGUACAUUUCAACCAUCUCUUUUCAUUGAGUGGGUACCAGUGGAUUCUGCCCACUAUGCUCCAGGUAUAUGCUGACUAUGAAAGUAAUCCUCAACUUCGCAAAGCUAUUGAGUUUACCUGCAGACAGUUUUAUGUACUGCAUCGUAAGCCAUUCGUGCUUCAGUUGUUUGCCAGCGUCGCUCCUCUUCUUGAUCUUCCGGAUGGUGUAAGCAGUAGCUCUUCUAGCAAAGGUGUGUCUUCUCAGUGCUUAUUUGACCUUCUUCAGUCUUUGGAGGGAGAAACACCUGAUAAUCUCGAUAUCCUGGAACUUGUGAAAGCAGAGCGUCCCCUUAAAUCAUUAGAUUUCUGUUAUGGCAAUGAAGACAUGGCAUUCUCCAUCAGUGAAUGCAUAAAGCUGUGUGUAACAGUGGUAGCCUAUGCUCCAGAGUCAUUUCGCAGCCUCCAGAUGUUGAUGGUGCUAGAAGCUCUGGUUCCCUGCUAUUUGCAGAAGUUAAAACGGCAGACAUCACAGUUGGAGACAGUGUCAGCGGCUCGUGAAGAAAUUGCUGCCACUGCUGCCUUGGCCACAUCACUUCAGGCUCUUCUUUAUAGUGUAGAAGCUUUAACAAGGCCCAUGACAGCACCUCAGAUGAGCCGAGGUGAUCAAGGCCACAAGGGAGCCACAACAGCAAACCACACUAUGUCAGCUGGGGUCAACCUGAGAGAUAAUCUUCACCUGCUGGAAGAAGGUCAGGGACUACCCAGGGAAGAACUGGAUGAGAGGAUUGCUCGAGAAGAGUUUCGGAGGCCACGGGAGUCUCUGCUCAACGUCUGCACAGAGUUCUAUAAACACUGUGGUCCUAGGCUGAAGAUUCUGCAAAACCUGGCUGGAGAACCACGUGUGACUUCUCUGGAACUCCUGGAUGUGAAGUCACAUAUGAGGUUGGCAGAAAUUGCCCAUUCACUCCUGAAACUGGCACCUUAUGACACCCAGACUAUGGAGAGCAGGGGGCUCAAGCGUUACAUCAUGGAGAUGUUGCCCAUUACAGAUUGGACAGCAGAAGCCGUGCGGCCAGCUCUUAUCCUCAUCUUAAAGAGACUGGAUCGUAUGUUCAAUAAAAUACACAAAAUGCCAACUUUAAGGCGACAGGUUGAGUGGGAGCCUGCCAGCAAUUUGAUAGAAGGGGUUUGUUUGACACUUCAGAGGCAGCCAAUCAUAUCCUUCCUGCCUCACCUUAGGUCACUGAUCAAUGUGUGUGUGAAUUUG